AUGAAACUCUUUGUAUUCCAAAUUUUAAGUCGGUGUUUUCAGGUUCUAUCUACUCCCUUGGUUGUACGAUCGUUAGUCAAGUGCGGAGUAGACACAGACAGACACAGGCACAGACACUGUUUUCUGACUACACAUCCAGCAUACAAUCCACCAUGUGUCUCGAAUGUGUAUAGUGCAUUAGUAUUCUUAGUUAAUUAUUCUUAUACACUCAUAACUACUAGAGCACUAUCCAGGAUUAAUCAAAACCCUCGCCACUCAACAGUGUAG